AUGUAAAUCCUGUGAGGAUUUCAACUAUGCAAUGUGUUCUUAAGUGUUCUUUAGUGCCUCUUUUGGGGUCCAAAUGCUGUUUGCCGUGUUUUACAUGAGAGGAAAGCUGCACAGUAAUGUUGCUGUGUCUUACGUAAUGCUUCAGUGUAAUGCGUGUAAGCAAAAUUCUCCUGUGGGUCUCGUAGAAAUUUGCCUGAUGCAUCCUCUUGAUGUAGUGAAAACAAGGUUCCAAAUUCAAAGAGGGAAAACUGAUCCAACCGGUUACAAGAGCCUGGGGGACUGUUUUAGGACUAUUUUCCAACGAGAAGGAUUGCUUGGCUUCUACAAAGGAAUAUUUCCUCCCAUCUUGGCUGAGACACCCAAAAGGGCAGUGAAGAAACCUGGUAUUUCUGGAAGAUGAAAAGUCAAGGUUUAUAACUUUAUGUUAGAUUGAACUUGGAGGAAGGAAGCGAUGAUGCCAAUACAAUGGUUAACAGAUGAACUUUUGGGGCAAAUUUAUAUUGCUCAUGUGUUCCCAGACAUCUUGUUUCAAGCAUAUAUUUUUACCUUAGAAUUAUUGAGACAUCUGUUUUUCACCUUUGAACAAUACAAGAAGGUACUAGGAUAUGCAUCAUUACCGCCAGGACUGGCAUUUGCAGUUGCUGGCUUGGGAUCUGGGUUGACAGAGGCAGUUGUGGUUAACCCUUUUGAAGUAGUAAAAGUUACCUUACAGACAAAUCGGAAUGCCUUCAUAGAGCAACCAUCUAGCUUUGUUCAAGCUCGGCAGAUCAUUAAAACCAGUGGUCUGGGCUUCCAAGGACUAAACAAAGGUCUUACUGCAACACUGGGCCGUCAUGGAGUUUUUAACAUGGUUUACUUUGGAUUCUACUUCAAUGUGAAAAACAUUCUUCCUGUCAGUAAAGAUUCAAAUUUGGAGUUUUUGAGGAAAUUUGGAAUAGGGCUAGUCUCAGGAACAAUAGCCUCGACUAUUAACAUUCCUUUUGAUGUUGCAAAAAGUAGGAUUCAAGGACCACAGCCAGUUCCUGGAGAGAUCAAGUACAGAACCUGUUUUAAAACUAUGGCAACAGUCUAUAAAGAGGAAGGAUUUCUGGCUCUGUACAAAGGCUUGGUUCCCAAGAUCAUGAGGCUUGGUCCAGGUGGUGCAGUGAUGCUUUUGAUUUACGAAUACGUUUAUGCAUGGCUUCAGGACACAGUUGAUCACAAGUAGCACUUCAGAAAAAUGUAUUCUUUAAAAUAAAUGCAUUCUAAAACACACUUUAAUAAAGUAAAAGUGAUUCUCA